UCAUCCACUCCCUCCCAGAACAGCUCCCAAGGACUGAGUUCUCUGUUGGGGUAGCAGGAUCAGAGAGAGGUAGUCCUUAGGAUUUAAAUGACUUGGCAUCAUAUUGAGUCUCUUUUUUCAUAAUUUUUCUUAUUACAGUCAGGACUAUGAAUAUACGGAUUUUAUGUUUAUCUUUUCUUUUUCUUUUGCAGCUCAAAUUAAGGAAAAGCUCUUCCCUGCCUCCUCUGUAAGCAUCUCCUUGUGUGAAAGAUCCAACAUGCAGCCGCCACCCCAAGCAAUCCCAUCUGGCAUGGCUGGACCCCCUCCGACUGGGAAUCCUCGAAGCAUGUUCUGGGGCAACGGUCCUUAUAGGAGACCUGCCAGUAGUAAUGCACCAGUAGCUCCAAUUACUUGCCCCUUGCAGCCGGUAACAGAUCCGUUUGCUUUUAAUAGACACUCGCUCCAAAAUACACCGUUGAGUACUUCAUCCAAGAGCAGCCUUCCCGUUUUGCCUGGCCCGGCCCUUCCGGUGUUUCCUCAGUGGCCUGGUUUGCCUGUGCCCCACACAAAUGCUGGGGAUAGUUUGCAAGGACCCCAUGAGCCUCUGCCAGGAUCCGUGUCACAGUCUAGAACAGAUGCCAGUCCAUUUCCUACUGUGUCCAUCCCUUCAUUAUUGCCUGGUCCUGAGAUGCAUAGGAGCACCGAGGUCGGUUCUGGUUCAGGGCCUGAAGUUCAGAAUCCACCACAUCCACCUCACUACAUUCCAGGAGUGGGUCCUGACCAAUCUCAUGAGGGCCAUCUGCAUGAGAGUGGGUCUGGGCCCGAUAGACCCCUGAGGCACUCCGCACAUGAUGGUGUGGUAGCCCCAGCAGUAUCCCCUUUCUUUUCCCAGUCUAGCGAACAGAUGCCAGGUCAGUGGGGGCCAGCGCAGGGAGGCCCACAGUCUUCCCAUCAGCACCACGCGUCCUGCCCAGAAGGAACCGUUCAGAGUGUGGGGCACCAGGCACCAACUCCCCAUUUCCCCUCUCCAUCCAACCUGCACCAUGGUCCUGGCCGUGAGCCUCACAGCCCACUAGUGUCUCCUCCAGUACCCUUGGUGGGUGGUGAAGGAAACGAGGCAGCCCACCUGCAAAGUGGAAACCAUUUUGUGAGUAACUACCACCCUAAACACACAUUUGGGCAAAACUCCAGAAUUGGGAGUAUGUGGGCAAGCCAGGAGUUCAGGCAGAACCCAAGAGUGAAUAAAGAGCAUUUGCCAGACCCCGCCCUUAUGAAUCCCCUCACUCAGGGAAAUAGCCCAGAAAACCAGGUGCACUAUCCCCCAGGGGCAGGGACUAGCCGGACCCCACUGGAAGCAGCCUCAAGAGCUCUCUCAAUGUUUUUCCAAGAAGAGACAGAAAACGAGGAGAAUCUUUCAUCUGAAAAAGCAGGCUUUGCUGGCAGAAUGGACUUUGAUAGUUUCUCCUUUAGCCCUGGAUUGGGCCAUCUGCCCCCACCUGUACAUGGAGCUACUGGUGUCUGCCAGGCCUUUCUCAAAGGCUCAACAACGAGAGCACAGCAGGAAGGAAGUACACAGAUUUACCUUUCUCAGUCUGUAGGCAUCCAGCAUGAUAAACAAACCAGUAAAAUCACUGCCGGUGAUGUGUGGAGUGAUACAGCCAGCACAGGAACUCAUGACACUCAUGGAUCACAGUAUGAGAAUGUGGAGAACUUAGAAUUUAUUCAGAAUCAAGAAGUCCCACCAAGUGCCCUGAGUUUGGACCCCUCUUCCCCAAGCGAACAGUUCCGAUAUGGACCCCUUCCUGGGCCACCUGUCCCUAGGCCCAGUGCUGUGGGCCUCACCAGAGGUGGGGGGCUGAAUCUUGAGGCUGCUGAUGUGCCACUGCAUCUUACACCAUCUGACAGUGUGUCAUCCAGCUAUAGCAACCACAGCCACAGAAGUCCUCCAGGGUCUGCCAGGCCCCAAGAAUUGGUGGGCACAUUUAUUCAGCAAGAAGUUGGAAAACCUGAGGAUGAUGCCUCGGAGUUUUUUAAGCAAAUUGACUCUUCACCUGUGGGAGGCGAGACAGAUGAGACUACGGCAAGUCAGAAUUACUGCAGCAGCUUGUCCCAACCCUCAACCCCAAGUCCCCCGAAACCUACAGGGAUAUUUCAGACAAGUGCAAACAGUUCUUUUGAACCAGUAAAAUCCCACUUAGUUGGAGUAAAACCAGUGGAGGCAGAUCGCGCCAAUGUGGUGGUGAAGUGAGGGGGACCCGUGACCACCAGAGUAAAUGCACACCAGCUACUGCACUGCCUGACACCUCCAGGCAACUUAGAACAGCCGCCAGACAACAUGGAGACCCUGUUCACACCCCAGACCUGCCCUCUGCCACUUACCACCACUGCAGAAGCUGGGCAUUCACUUCCGUAUCCAGCAGGGCUACCCUUGGAUACUGUGCGCCCAACACCUGAAAAGAGGCCCUCAGCCAGGACACAGGGGGCUGUUAAGUGUGAGAGCCCAGCAACAACUCUUUGGGCACAAAAUGAACUACCAGAUUUUGGUGGCAAUGUCCUUCUAGCCCCUGCUGCUCCUGCACUUUAUGUUCCCGCAAAACCUCAGCCAUCAGAUGUUCAGCCUCAAGGAAGAGGGGUGUCUGGGCAGCAGUUGCAGAAGCCAAGCUCUGUCCCCCUGCUGCAGAACCAAAUGCCUGGGUGCUUCUAGAACCUGGAGAACCCUCCUGAGGUGGGUGAAGAGGAAGACCUGACACAGGCCAGUUCUGGUUAUGCAAGUUUGCUAUCCCCACUGCCUGCUGAAUCUUUACAGAAUCAGUCUGUCUUGAUUGCCCAGCCUGAUCAAAGCUAUAAUUUGGCUCACCCCACUAAUCUUCCUGUGUCCUUAAUGAAUCCUGAUGAGAAGAAUCAGUCCUGGGGAGAUGCUGUUGUGGGGGAUAAAGCUACAAGGAACAGCAGCUGGGCUCUUGGUGGUGAUUCUGGAGAGCAUGCAACUUUGUCUGGUGUCCCAGCCAGCACUGUCACUGGCUUGUCUCUGCGCAGUGUUGCCCAGAGUAAUGCCCUGAGAGGUUCUGGGUCUUCUGAAAUGGUUUCUAGCCAGCCUGCCAGUUUGCUGGUUCAGUCGCUAUCCCAUCCAGUUCCAAAGAACCCUCUUCCAGAAAGUCAAAAGAAUCACAAUGCAGGAGAGGUCCUUCCUGAGUUUGUUAAUAGCCCUGCUGGAAGCACAGGUGUGAUGUUAGUUCCACCCACAAACAGUACCUUAGUAGCUACUAGUGAUAAGGCAGAACACUCCAAUAACCAGGAGGAAAUUGUUGGCGCUCUAGACUUCACAUUAAAUAAAACUUUGGAAAAUCCUGGGAGAAUGUAUAGCCCUUCCCAUUCGGACAGCACAGCUUCUCAGCAGGCUGCUAAUCAUCCCAGACAAUCUGGGUCUGGGAGGCAUAACCCAGACCGUUUCUACCAGCAGGUGACAAACGAUGCACAGGACCACUGUGGCCUAGAAAGAGCCCAGCCAAAGCUGGUGUCUCCUCAGCCACAGACUUCUCUCCCACAAGUGCACCUAGCAGCAUCUCCGGAAGCUUCAAAUCCAGAAAGUCCACCCACUCAAGGACGGUCCCACAGCUCGGCCCAACCACCAGCAAAUCCAGCUCCAGCUGACACAGGCCAGCAGCUGCUGCCUCAGCCACCUCAGUCCUCCAGUGCUUCAGUUAUAUCUACCACCUCCAGCCAUGCAGCCACACGGUCAGAGCAGCCAUGGCUUCACCCACCACCUCUGAAUGCAUAUGGCCCACCACUUCAGGACUUAGGGUCCUACUAUUACAGACCCCUGUAUGAUGGCUACCAAUCUCAGUACCCCUCACCGUACCUAUUGGAUCCUGGGAUGGCCCUCUAUUACCAGGAAAUCUAUGGCCUGUGUGAUCCUCGAUAUAGGCCCUAUGACAGCUCAGCGUCUGCUUACUCUGAGAAUUACCGCCACCCAGAGCCUGAGAGGCCCAGCUCCCGAGCAAGUCACUGCUCGGAUCGCCCCACACCCAGGCAAGGGUAUCCUGAAGGAUACUAUAAUUCCAAGAGUGGAUGGAGCAGUCAGAGUGAUUACUAUGCAAAUUACUACUCUGGCCGAUACGAUUAUGGAGACCCAGGUCACUGGGAUCGCUACUAUAGUUCUAGAUACAGGGACGCCCGCACCUGGGACCGGAGGUCUUGGUAUGACACUGAGCAUGACCUAUACAGGAAGGAAAACUUUGCUUACGUCGACAGGACUGAGAAAUGUGAUGACCAUUGGAAGUAUGACCCUCGUAUCACGGGAAGCUUUGAUGACGACACUGAGCCCCACAGGGACCUUUACGGGGAGGAAGUGGACAGGCGCAGCGUCCACAGUGAGCACUCAGCACGGAGCCUGCGCAGUGCCCAUAGUCUGCCCAGCCGCCGCAGCAGCCUCAGCUCCCACUCACACCAGAGUCAGAUUUACAGAAGCCAGAAUGUAACUGCUGGUUCCUUUGAACCACCUCCUCCGAGCUCAGUUCACGGUGAUUAUGCCUAUGGCACCUAUGGCUUUCCAGAGUAUGGCUACCCUGCGGAUAGCACCUGGCCUGCCGUGGAGCAAGUUCCAUCAAGACCAACUUCUCCUGAAAAGUUUUCAGUGCCUCAUAUCUGUGCCAGAUUUGGCCCUGGUGGUCAGCUCAUUAAAGUGAUUCCUAACCUGCCUUCAGAAGGACAGCCUGCACUGGUUGAAAUCCACAGCCUGGAGACCUUGCUGCAUCAUACACCAGAGCAGGAUGAGAUGCGCUCAUUCCCAGGACCUCUUGGCAAAGAUGACACCCAUAAAGUGGACGUUAUUAAUUUUGCACAGAACAAAGCUACCAAAUGUUUGCAGAACGAAAACUUAAUUGACAAAGAGUCUGCAAGUCUUCUGUGGAAUUUUAUUAUUCUGUUAUGCAGACAGAAUGGGACUGUGGUGGGGACAGACAUCGCAGAGCUUUUGUUACGAGACCACAGAACGGUGUGGCUUCCUGGAAAGUCACCCAAUGAGGCAAACCUAAUAGAUUUUACUAAUGAAGCUGUGGAGCAGGUGGAGAAGGAGGAGUCCGGCGAGGCCCAGCUCUCAUUUCUCACAGACAGUCAGUCAGCCACCACCAACAUGACUGAGAAGGAAACUGAGAGAUUCCGAGAGCUUCUGCUCUACGGCCGAAAGAAAGAUGCUUUGGAGUCUGCCAUGAAAAAUGGCUUGUGGGGUCACGCUCUGCUACUUGCAAGUAAGAUGGAUAGCCGGACACAUGCUCGUGUCAUGACCAGGUUUGCCAACAGUCUUCCAAUCAAUGACCCUUUGCAGACGGUCUACCAGCUCAUGUCCGGGCGGAUGCCUGCUGCAUCCACGUGUUGUGGAGAUGAGAAGUGGGGAGAUUGGAGACCCCAUCUCGCUAUGGUUUUGUCCAACCUGAACAACAAUAUGGAUGUGGAGUCCAGGACUAUGGCUACGAUGGGCGAUACCCUAGCCUCCAAAGGCCUCUUAGAUGCAGCGCACUUCUGCUACCUGAUGGCCCAGGUUGGACUGGGGGUUUAUACAAAGAAAACGACAAAACUGGUCCUGAUUGGAUCAAAUCACAGUUUGCCAUUUUUAAAGUUUGCCACCAAUGAAGCGAUUCAGAGGACAGAGGCCUACGAAUAUGCUCAGUCCCUUGGGGCCCAGACCUGCUCCUUACCUAAUUUCCAGGUGUUUAAAUUCAUCUAUUCUUGCCGCCUGGCAGAGAUGGGGCUUGCCACACAGGCUUUCCACUACUGUGAAGUGAUCGCCAAGAAUAUCCUAGCACAGCCAGCUGCACACUCUCUGGUGCUCAUCAGCCAGCUGGUCCAGAUGGCUUCCCAGUUACGCCUCUUCGAUCCUCAGCUGAAGGAGAAGCCAGAGGAGGAGUCCUUUGUGGAGCCUGCCUGGCUGGUGCAGCUGCGGCAUGUGGAAAGGCAACUCCAGGAGGGGGCCGUGCUGUGGAACCAGGAUGGAGCUGACCCCCAACAGUGUCCCAGCACGCCAGGAUCUGAGGUGGAGCAGUUGAGUAGCACAGGACUCGGUCAGCCAGUGGGGCUGGGAGCUGAUAACCCCCUGCUGUUGUCAAGCAAUGAGCCCUUGAACCAGGGUGUGCAGCUCCUGCCAUCAGCUCCACAGAUGCUCCCUGAUGGCCAGCCAGUCCAGCUUGCCCGGGUGCCAAUGUUUCAUGUGCCACCACCCCGGGGCCCCCAGGAGCUGGGUCCUGGCUAUGGACCCCCAGGGUCUUUACUUGGCUUUCCAGAGCACUCCAGGCCUGACACUGGAGCUGUACACCUGGGACCUGCCCUGCCACCUGGUGCACCAGCUCUCCAGGAAAGUGGUCCCCUGAUCCAAGAGACCAGAAGCCAAGACCCAGGAAUGGUGCCGCAGGAUUCACCUGUCAGAAACUCGCUUCCAGAGUUAAGGGAAGAGGAUUUUGGCGGAAAAUUUGCUAAUCUGGGCUCCUCCAGGAAGGCACAGGACUUGGAGACGCCCCCAGCAUGGGAUUGCGGCAGCUCGGGUUCAACAGAGCCUGCUACAUCUCUGACACCUGCUCCCGAAGUGAAGAGACCUGCACAGGAUGUCAGAAAAGAGGUCAAGGAACCCAAGAAGAGUGAGUCCUGGUUCUCUCGUUGGCUACCUGGGAAAAAAAGGACAGAAGCUUAUUUGCCAGAUGACAAGAACAAAUCAAUUGUUUGGGAUGAAAAGAAAAACCAAUGGGUGAAUUUGAAUGAGCCAGAAGAGGAGAAAAAGGCUCCACCCCCACCUCCAACAUCGUUCCCCAGAGCUCCGCCGGCUGCUCCCACUGGGCCUGCAGGGCCUCCCACAGCCUCCGUGAACGUGUUUUCUAGAAAAGCAGGUGGAUCCAGAGCUCGCUAUGUGGACGUUCUAAACCCAAGUGGGACCCCGAGGAAUGAGCCAGCUCUUGCUCCUGCGGAUCUCUUUGCUCCACUGGCCCCACUCCCCAUCCCUUCUAACUUGUUCGUACCAACCCCAGAUGCAGAGGAAGCACAGCUUACAGAUGGGGCUAGCAGCAGGGGACAGAUGCCAGCUGGGGCUCAGCCCAAGCCAGAGACUGCCCUGGAAUCCAAGGAGUUAAGCCCAGCAGCACCACCCCCUGGGCCUGAACUUCCACCCUCCACACUGGACAGCUCUCAGGGAGAGCUCUCGCGCUGUAGCUCAAUGAGCUCUCUCUCACAGGAAGUGAGCCGGCAUUUCCAUCAGGCUCCCAGUGAUCACCGCUCUGCAGGGGGCCCUCCAAGCGGGGCUAUACCCUUCUACAACCCUGCUCACUUGGCACAGGCCUCCAUCACCUCAGGGAGCUCACGGCCAGGGAGGACUGGACAGAGAAAGUACCCGACGUUGAACUAGAAUCAUCGUUUUGGAUUCAUGACUCUUCUCUGCCAGGAACCGGACUGACUGCCGAGGGGUCUCGGGGUCCCCAAAGGGACAUGGCAGUAAUUCAGAGCCGGUCAUACUGUGCAUCCCUUCCUUUUUUACCCAUGUGUAUGAAUUACUGCAAAAUCAAUUCCACUGUCCCUCUCAGAUGCUGGAUAGAGUGACUCUAACUCAAAAUCUUUUACAGGAAAUUCACUUAAGAUGACUUAUGGAUGUUAAUACUUUGAACCACUGGAGAAUGCCGCAUGGAGUGAGGCUGGACAGGGCUUGACCAUAGCAGGGAGAUGCUCCUCAAAAGCCAGGGCCUUGCUCAAACCCAAGGAGAAAUUGUGCAGACUAAUCCUAGGUUCCUUCAGGACACUUAGAGGAAAGAGUGAGUGCUUGAGCCAGUGCACACCACUGCCUGUCCCGUGACCUGGGAAAAGUUCAUGGGCCAGAGGGGUUGCAUUCUCCAGCCAGGGAGGGAGGGUCUGGUUACUGAGGAGUGUGUCUCUCUGGUAAGGAAGAUGUUUGCAGCCUCACUUCACUUUCCAUGGCUUGAUAAGGACUGUGGGCGAUUUCAUACGCUCAGAGUGACCAUCAUGGCCCAGUUGCUGGCAAAACCCUGAAGAACUGAUGUGAAGCGGCUGGUCUGGUUAACCAGUGCUGAGGGUGGCUGCUGGGCAGUUGGUCUGAAACUCCUGUCACAUGUUUCAGGACACGUGAGCCAGCACAGCCCGAGGCCCAGCGGGCCCUGUGAAGGGCAUGUGUGGUCCCCUCCAGCUGGCUGGCUCUCACCUGCAGACAUCUUUUAAGGAGUUGGUAGUGUCUUGAAGGGGAGUGGCUUAAAAGAGUUUCUGGCAGACACUUUGGAAACGGGCAUCUCUGCCCCUGAGUUAGUUCUAACACCAAGCAAGACCUUCCGCAGCCCCUUGCUGGCUCAGCCAUAUGUCACCUCCACUGACUGUUGCUGAUCUAAGGAGGCUGAAAAAGAGAUAUUUAAAUAUUUAUGAAAAUCAGUAGGUAAUAAUUUGGGUAGGUUCUGCUGGGGAAACAUAAACGGUUUGGUAUUUUAAGUGUAGAAAAUAGAGAAUGUGGAAUUAGCUCAGCCCUUCCCAGUUUUAUUUCACUGCAUCUAGGAAAGACCCCCAAAAUAGUUUCCAGAAUGUUCUGUAGACCAGUAUGCUUGGACCCACCUGUUCCCAUGUGUCACUGAGAAAGGCCCGCUCCUAUGGGUGGACAGCUCCUAGUGUCCUUGCUGGCCGGACCCUCGCCCCUCCAGUCCAGCCCUGCCCUGGCUCUGUCCACUGCCAACCACUUGACUGAAGAAGCUUCCUCCCAGAUGGGAGCUAUUUUUCCUAAACGCAAACUGUUAAAUAAAAUAUUUUGGGCUCUCAAGUGCCUUCCCUGUGGUUU